CCAAAAAGGCGAAUGUAUUCUCAGAAUGAAAGGGCUAGGCUACAGUCACAGUGACUAGAUAGAGUGAUGAGUAGACUUUGAUAUUUAGAUCUACUAUAGUUAUACUAUAGAGAUCUACCCUAGCCUAGAUCUAUAUAUACAUUUCAUUUUACUACGAGACAAUCUCUAGACGGGACGAUCAUAUACAGGAUUACAUUUUAAUACUGACCCCAAAGUGACCAUUAACUCCUUCUGUACACAGUCUCAGUAUGUGAUGAACUCCAGUUGGGAGAUGAAUUAUUUCAUGGCUGUAUCAGAUCUCAGGACUAAACACAAGAAUGACAACUAUGAAGAAACAAGAAAAGGGAGUCAAGAUUGUCCUGGCAACUUGUGGGGAGCCAAACUUAUCAUCUCCUAGUUCACAGACACCAUUGAGUACAACUCUUAUCCCUGGACCAACUAAUGUCUAUCCUGGAGACGCUACAAGCAUGGGAAUGAAACAUUCCAAAUCUGAUCAUUCUGGGCUUGGACGCAAGGACAAAAAUAAAGAGACUAAAAUGCCUAUGGGUAAAAAAUUUAUAAGCAAGAGUCAGGAUAACCUCUCAGGAUAUAAGAAAGGCAGGCAAUUAACUACAGUUCUGGAGUCGCCAAGGCCAAGAGAGAACGCUGCCUCUUUAGCCAGAGCCGAAGCUGCUCGGGCAUUGGAAAAAAACAAAGAAAAUACAGCUCUUAGAGAGCGUGAAAAAAAUGUCUUCAUCAAGCCUAAACCUGUCAAACCUACUAGUAUGACCAAUAUAAGAAAGGCUUCCAGUACACAGUCCAUUGACAGAAAUAGUCAGGGGUCUGGCAGUCUUAGAUCAACUACUUCUAAGUCUUCCCAUAACAUUUCAAUCAAACGAGCUCAGAGCACCCAAAAUAUCUCUAAAGACAAGUUCAUGAAGAAACGAACUUCAGCCCCUGCUGAUGUGAUGGCUUACAACGCUGAACUUCUGGCCAACUUUGAGAAGGAAAAAAAAGUUCUGGAAGGAAGAAUCUCAGAGUUGACUAAAAUUGCGGAGAGCCGCAAAGAAGAAAUAGAAAAGUAUAAAUACGAAAUAAAGAGAUUGAAAAAGCCGCUGGCAAUGGCUGGCAGUGAACGGGAAGAGCUGGAGAUGCUGAGACAUGAAAAUAAACAACUCCAGGACAGGUUGACGGAGCUGGGCUUUCCUGCUGAGCAGAUCACUGACUCUCAGAAACUCAGGCUAAAAUUUGCUCAGCCCAGGAUUACUAAAAGUCACAGUAGCAGUUCGGAUAUCUACAUCCCAGUAAGCACCAGUUGUGAUAGCUUGUCCACAGAUGGUAGUGGGGCCAAAAUUGAUUCUCACACAGUUGGCGAUGGGCCCAAAGUGUUGAUUGUGGGCACCUCUGACCUACGCAGGUCAACAUCUCUUUCCGCUUCAGAGCCUGGCAUGUCGAUUCCUGACCUUUGUGGCACGCCUGAGCAUCCCUCAAUUAUUUCUUUGGACACCGCUAACUGGGAUAAACAGAGCAAUAAAUCUGCAAACAGUGAUGGAUGUCUUAGUGAAGCUUCUGUCGCAUGUUUGACUGAACGGAUACUUCAGAUGGAAGAAACCAAUUACUCAACCACAGAGGAACUUCAGGCUACUUUACAGGAAUUAAGUGAUCUCCAAGAUGCUGUGAAUGAACUGACUGAAGAGAACACCAAGCUGACUGACGAGAAAGCUGUUCUCUUAGAAUCUCUGUGUACACAGACUGAGAAGUUGGAAAACACAAGGAUACAGCUUGAACAGUUGAAAUGUCUUCUUAUUUCUGGGGAACUGCCUGACAAGUCUGAAAAAGAUGGUCAUCUACUGGGGCUACUCAAGUCAGCUCAAGAGGAGAGGGAGGAACUCAUGAGGAAGCAAAUGGAGUGGUCAAAUGCUCUACAAGCUCUGGAAAAUGAUUGCAGAGAGGCACAAGAUGCUUUGGAGAAUCUAAGGGAGAAAUACAGUUUCUUAGAAGAUGCUAACAGUUACCUGAGAACAGAGAGAGACUCUCUUAUUGAGCAGCUCACUGAAGUCAAAGAAGCCAAAGCUGCUGAACACAUUGAAUUGGUUCGUCUCAGGACUGUAGUCGAUGCACAGAAAGCUAAGCUGGCUGAGCUGGAAUUGUCUCCAAGUGGUGCUCCUGUAAAGACUGACACAGAGGCCUUACUGGAUGAAGCGAGGCACGAUAAAGAGCAAGCUGAACAGAAGUUGGCCGAUGUGACGGAAAAUUUGGCCUUAAUGGAGUGUGAACUCAUUAAGUUAAAAGAUAGCCUUGCAAGUAAAGAGCAAGAACUGUCAGUUAUACGUAGCAAUAUAAAAACCCAAGUCACAGACCUCCAGUUUGCACUGAAAACAGCAGAGAAAGAAAAAGUGGAUACUGAGAGAGAGAUGGAAACCCUAAGAGUUCAUGUAGAACAGUUGACCCAGGAAUGUCUCAGGCAUGUUGAAGAUAAGAAAAGUUUUACAGCCAAACUUCAAGAAGUUCAAAGUGAGUUGAGGAAAGUCAAACAAGAGAAACAGCUUUGUGAGGCAGAACUUGAUGAGAUCAGUUCAAAACAUGACAUGGAAUCAGAAGAGUGGAAGCAAUUUCAAAAAGAUUUACAGACAGCUGUGGUUAUCGCCAACAAUUUCAGUCAGGAGACCCAGGAAAAAAUGGACAGAUUGACCAUGGAGAACUCUCAGCUGCAUGAGAAGUGUCUACAGCUAGAGGACGAGCUGAACAAACUCACCCAGGAAAUCAAACUGUUGAAGUCGGCAGAUGAGUAUAGUUCUAAGAAGUCCUCUAUACUGACCAAUGCUGAGUUGAAGGGCAAGGUAUUGACAUCCAUGGACAGGGAGUUGGCUGGCCUAAGGGAGGGGCGGCCCCACAUGGAUCAACGCAGCCAGAAUAUCUCGGUCAAGUCUCUCAUCCGAUCCAUUGAGGAACAGGUCAAAUCUGGCUGCUCAUCCAUUCACUCAAGUCGAUCAGACUCAAGGCGAAGUUCUACCUCCUCAGACAUUUCGCUUACAUCAUAUAAAGAGCUGGUUAAGGCCCCUUCGUCUCCCCUGCCCACCCCCGACAGUCCAAGGUCGCCUACUAAAGACUUUGCGUUAAGGUCACUCAGCCUGCGUGCUAAACACCCAGAGCGGUCGCCGCAGCAAAGGCUGAGCGCAGGAAGUGCAGUGUGUUCUAUGAUUCCAAGUCCAGAGAGUAGCUGCAAGACUGUUGCCAGGGGAGAUAUGGGAGACACCAACAAAACUCCACAGAUCUCUUCAAUUCUCAAAGACAGAAGCACACCAAGGCGUGGCAGUACUGUUGUAGAAGGAGAUGCCACAAAGAAAGAAACACCAAGUAGAGAUCCACUUGCCUCAUUGGCCAAGCUGAUGAAAGGCUCCAAACGUAAUGCUCUCCUAAAGUGGUGCCAGUUAAAGACUAUACCUUACUCUAAUGUUGACAUCACCAACUUUAGCAGCAGCUGGAAUGAUGGCUUAGGCUUCUGUGCUCUGCUUCAUAGUUAUGUACCAGAUAAGAUCCCUUACUUUGAGUUGACUUCAGAGGAUAAGAGAAAAAAUUUCAGCCUGGCUUUUAGUGCAGGAGAAAAUAUAGGCAUCAAGUCUACGCUGAAUAUCAAUGAAAUGGUGUCCAUGGAGCGUCCAGACUGGCAGGCUGUGAUGAACUACGUCACAGCUAUUUAUAAACAUUUUGAAGUGGACAGACAAUGAUCUUUUUAAUUCCAUCAAGAAAGACGAGCCCACUAUCAAGGGAGACAAUGGUGUAUUUAUUGAUUUUUAGAUUUACCGUACUUACUUGUUUGAACACAUUUAGCUUUGUUUUAUUUGAACUGGUUUUGAUACAUUUACUUGUUUUACUUUAUUAUUUUAUCCACAUACAUUUUGUUAUUUUAACAGACCACAACAUCAGUAUUUGUAAUUAGUAUUUGAUCACAUUUUUAUUUCUUAAUCCUAAUUUCCAUCAGAUCUAUAUUUCUCAAUCUUAAUUAGAGGCCUACCUACAUGUAGGCUCAGUAGAAGAAAAUUAUGACAGUAGUCAACUCAUUCUACUUUAAAACUUUUGUAAAUGUUAACAUUUUGUAUAUUUAUUUUAAAUGGUAUUUGUUGCUCAUAGACUUAGUGCUUUUAAGAGUAGGAUCAUUGCUGUAUUUUAAGUUGCUGCACAAUCUGGAUGGUUCUGUAUUUUUAUGUUUUGGUUGCUGCUUAAAUUACGGAGUGGUUCUGUAUAUUUAUUUGGUACAGAAAGCUAGGAGUGGUUCUGUAUGGUUAUUUGGUACAGAAAGCUUGGAGUGGUUCUGUAUGUUUAUUUGAUACAGAAUGCUAGGAGUGGUUCUGUACAUUUGUUAAGUUGCUGCAAAGUCACUUUCACUGGAAAUUGAAUUUUAGCAUGGUAGGUGACACUGAUCAUUUAAGAACAGGGUCAUUGUAGGUAAACACUGAGGAGUUAAGGAUAUAGUCUUGGUAGGGGACACUAAGCAGUUAAGAACAGGGUCAUGGUAGUGUACACUGAGCAGUUGAGGACAGGGUCAUGGUUGAAGGAUGACUGUGUCCUAAGUGUUGUAUAAACAGUAUUGGUCUAACUAGUCAUGUAUUUACUUAUCAAAUGUUUACUUGUCAUUCUUUUUGUUGCUUUAAUUUUCAUACUUUCACCUAAAGAAAGUUGAUUUUGUUUUAUCUAUGACUGAAUCUCACUACGAGCAUUCUAGAAAUCUUCAUUGAAAACCUUUCUAAUGCUUCCCAUGGUAAUUCUAUAUUUACCGCUAAUCAAAAGUUCCAUACAAUGUUUUAUAUCAUGAUUAGGACUUUAAAAAGAAAUUAAAUUAUUUAUUAACAAA